UUUUUUUUUCCCUGCUCCUUGUCGGAUCCUAGUCUCUACUGUCGUAUGUCGUCAUUGUUUUCCUUUCGUGUACUGUUUACCAGUUGCUACCAGAGUCUGAGCUCCUUGCCUCUGCUCACCUGUGCUGCUUGGAUUUCUGUACACUUCCUCAUUAAAACCAUCGUUAUUGCAUUAACCUGGUUGUACAGCCGUCAAUCCUCACCACUCAAACCCCCACCUUAUGACAUUUAUGACUUGCAGAAGAUGUUGGACGCAACAUGAUCAUCUGAUGGCAGCAUUUUUCGGGAGGAUGUCCGCCACUGGGGAGCAGUCUAGUGACACACCUGUCGAUAUUAAAGAAAGACACUUUUUCUGAAAGCCUAACUUCUUGAAAAUCAUGUCAUUUUGUUAGAAUUGUCUAUCCCUGAAAAGAAAAAGAUUUUUGUCGCAGUUAAAUUCAGCAGAAAGUUCUGCAUAACAAGUCUGCAGAACGGCAUGUAUUUUCAGCCCUCACAACGUGCAUGUGUUUGAAAGUAUAGCUGAUUUAUAGGCUCUGUUGCUGUAGGGCUGUUGUUUGUACAGUCUCUGCCCUCUGCCUCUCUCCCUCCUGCUCCACUCAGCCCUCCCAGACUCGAUUCAGCAACUAGGAAGCGUCGCGCGCAGUCUCAGCUACUGGCCGAGCGUGCCUUCGGCCAGCGAGCGGAUUUGCGCUCGCGCCCCUAGUACUGUGUCAGCUUCACUCAGCUAGUACUUUAUCGCCCUGCGCGCUUUCAACCAGCCGCUCCGCGCGCAGAUGUAAGACAUCGGAGCUUUUCAGCGGGAGAAGACUUGCUAUAGUUGUUUGAGCUCCAUGGAGGACCGCUGCUCCCCGGAUAAUGAGAGGAUGGAAGCGUGGCUGGACGACCACUUGGAGUUCACCCACUCGUACUUUGUCAAGAAGGCAUCAAGGGAGAUGGUGAAUGCCUGGUUUGCUGAGCGUGCUCAUACCAUCCAGCCAUCUGUCCCUAAAGAAAACUGUUCCCAGCAGCGAACCCACCAGUCCUCCUCAGAUCUUUGCCCCUCUUCUAACUCCACCACCCUCCUGGACAACUGCUGCCCCUCCCCUGCCACUGUACCUAGCCCAGCUCCUGGUACCCCAACUCGCAAAAUCUCAGCUUCAGAGUUUGACCGCCCACUAAGACCCAUUGUGGUCAAAGACUCUGAGGGUUCCCUCACAUUUCUGAGUGACUCGGAACGGGAACCCGUCCCUCUCUGUGGUUCGGUGAUGGGAGAGGGUGGUGGUGAUGAUGGGAGUGGCAGGGAGGUUGACCGCUGCACCAGGCUGCUGGAGCUAGUAAAGGAAGUAUCAAGUUAUCUGGAUGUGACAGCGCUCUGCCAUAAGAUCUUCCUACACAUCAAUGAGCUGAUCACUGCAGACCGAUACUCACUCUUUCUGGUGGGUGAAGACAGCUCCAACAGGAAGUUUUUGGUCAGCCGGCUGUUUGAUGUUGCUGAAGGAUCCACAUUGGAAGAAUCAUCCACCAGCUGCAUCCGACUAGAGUGGAACAAGGGGAUAGUGGGGCAUGUAGCUUCCACAGGGCAGCUGCUCAAUAUCAAGAAUGCAUAUGAGGACCCAAGAUUCAAUGCAGAAGUUGACCUGAUCACAGGCUACAAAACCCAAAGUAUCCUUUGUCUACCCAUCAAGAACCACAGAGGAGAGGUUGUUGGAGUGGUUCAGGCUAUUAACAAAAAAUGUGGAGAGAAUGGUGCCUUCACUGAACAGGAUGAGAAGGAUUUUUCAGCCUAUCUAGCCUUUUCAGGCAUAGUUCUGCACAAUGCACAGCUGUACGAGACCUCGCAGUUGGAAAACAGACGCAAUCAGGUGCUGUUGGAUCUGGCCAGACUGAUCUUUGAGGAGCAGCAGUGUUUGGAGGUUGUGCUGCGGAAGAUUGCCGGAACCAUCCUGUCCUUCAUGCAGGCUCAGGCCUGCACUGUUUUCAUUGCUGAUGACGACUCAAUGAAUUCCUUCUCCAGUGUGUUUCACAUGGAACAUGAGGAGCUGAGGGAAGUCCUAGAUACUCCCAAAAGAGACUGUGAUGUCAGUCAGAUAAACUACAUGUACGCUCAGUAUGUUAGAAACACCAUGCAACCUCUCAACAUCAUCGAUGUCACCAAGGACCAGCGCUUCCCUUGGACAUGUGAAAGCCCUGAUCACUCCAGCAGUCGGAUAAAAAGUUUGCUCUGCACUCCAAUCAGAAAUGGCAAGAAAGACAAAGUCAUAGGGGUGUGCCAGUUGGUGAACAAAACGGACGAAGCGUCAAGCACCGUCAAGACCUUCAACAGAAACGAUGAGCAGUUCCUGGAAGCGUUUGCCAUCUUCUGUGGCCUUGGCAUUCAGAACACACAGAUGUAUGAGACUGUGGAAAGAGCCAUGGCCAAACAGGAGGUCACUCUGGAGGUUUUAUCAUAUCAUGCCUCUGCCACUGAGGAGGAAACCCGGGAACUUCAGGUGACCACAGUUCCUUCGGCACAGUCGCUGCAUCUGCUGGACUUCAGUUUCAGUGAUUUCGACUUGUCAGACACUGAAACCACCCUGGCUACUAUCCGCAUGUUUAUUGACCUCAAACUGAUCCAGAACUUCCAGAUGAAGUACACGACCUUGUGCCAGUGGGUUCUGAGUGUCAGGAAGAACUACAGGAAGAGCGUGGCCUAUCACAACUGGAGACAUGCACUGAACACAGCGCAGUGCAUGUUUGCUCUGCUCAAGUCAGGACGCUUACAGAAUAACCUGAAUGAUGUGGAGAUCUUGGCCCUGAUGAUUGCAACUCUCUGCCAUGACUUGGACCAUAGGGGAGUCAACAACUCCUACAUACAGAGGAGUGAUCACCCACUGGCCCAGCUGUACUGUCACUCUACCAUGGAGCAUCACCACUUUGACCAGUGCCUCAUGAUCCUCAAUAGUCCUGGAAACCAGAUCCUCAGUGGUCUCUCUUUGGCAGAGUACAAGACCACUCUGAAGAUGAUUGAGCAGGCAAUACUGGCCACGGACCUCGCCCUGUAUAUGAAAAGGCGAGAAGAGUUCUUUGAGCUGACCAAAAACAACCAGUUUGUUUGGGAGGAUGACCAUCACAGGGACCUCCUCAGGUCAAUGCUGAUGACUGCAUGUGACAUCUCUGCCAUCACUAAACCCUGGCCAGUUCAAAAAAGGAUCGCAGAACUUGUGGCCACUGAAUUCUUUGAACAGGGGGACAAAGAGCGUCGGGAACUGAACAUUGAGCCUAUUGAUCUUAUGAAUCGUGAGAAAAGAGAUAAGAUACCCAGCAUGCAGGUUUCCUUCAUUGAUGCCAUUUGUGUUCAGCUAUAUGAGACCUUGGCUGGCUUAUCAGAGCACUGCUGCCCUCUGCUGGAAGGGUGUCAGAAAAACCGGCAGCAUUGGAAGCAUCUGGCUGAGGAUUGUGAGAAAGGCCUGGUCAAUGGCCUGGUGUGAUCCAACUACAGUUUGGCUUCUGGAAAAACUGCAAAUUCCAGGACUUCUUCCUGUGUCUCCCAGACUCACUAAACAUUCAUAAGAUUAGUAUGGUACUACAGACAUGUUUUGUGGACUAUGGGACUUUAACCAUUUCUGAAAAGGGAAAGCCACCAUAAGGUCUCAAAUCUUAUGUGGUUCUCACCAAGCAGUUCUUCCCACAUCUGUCACUGCAAUCAUGCUAUCCUCUCAAAGCUAAAUGUUCUGGUGUGUUCCAUUUAUCUUGGAAGUCGGAUCUAAGAUAUGAGAACAUAGGCGUAACUUCCUGAAGGCCUGGUGUGGACAUGUCCCCAUCAACUCUGGCCUGAGGGGGACAGUCCCCCCCAAUAUUUCCUACACAUUUUUACUUUAUGUGCCUGCAUAUACUUGUGGACAGUAACUUGGCAGCAGCUGCGAUCUGUGUAUAAAAUAUUAACAGCCAGUAGGCGACUGCUUUUUAAAAUUUCAUUGUAAAACAUAAAUGGCAAGUCCGGUCAGUGAACAUCACAAGACUUGCAGUGCGCCACAUGCGCUAUUGGUUUGCAUUGAGCCUGCAAUAUCGGUGGUCGGGGAAAUGACAAAGAAUCUGAAAAAAGGACACAGUGUUUUGCUAUUAAUUGAAAACUCUAUGACAGCAAGAUAACAAGGUCCAAGAGAAUCACAUUUCACAUGUCAGUAAAAAGUUUGAAUUAAAGUGAAAAGUAGGUUAACUAUGUGUAACAUGCCCAAGCUGCAUAGUUCAGUGUGUUUCGGUUCAGUUAGUACAAAAAUAAAUCAACCCACACAUCUACUUUGUGGCAGAUUAUCAGUAGAGCAGGUGUUUAAAUUAGCUAAUCAACCACCACAAGUGUUGAGGCAAUUACUUUUUAAUGAUCGCAAAAUAAACAGCAAGCCUGAAAAUUCAAAAAACAGAAAUCUGUAGCGGGCUGAAUGUUUUGGUAUUUCUUUGUGUGGGAAUUUUUUAGUGUGUUUUUUCUUAUUUUAAUUCCUAAUACACUUGAACUUAAUCUUUGCUCCUUCAACUCCUGGAGCUGUUGUUUGAAAGUUGCCUUGGCAACGGGUCUGUGUGUGACGUUAAGCUGACAGAAUGGAAAA